GUUUUGACAAUAUCGAUAGUGAACUGUCAAUUCAUUCAUUCUGCGGGUAAAUUGUUAUAUUCAAGUAGCGUAUUAUCACUGGUUUAUCUCAUGACAGGUAUUUUGCGGUGGAUUAAAAAACUGGAUAAGGAAAAUAACAGCAGCGCGAUGAAAGUGGAGAGUACGAAGGAUAUGGAUAAUCAAGGCAACAAUACGAAUCCGGAGGAGGCAAACACAAGCACGGAGCAGGCAAACGCUUUUCUGGAGCAGACUACGGAGGAAUUCGACCGUGAUUGUGAGGAACUCAACUCUCAGCUUGACCAGUUAAAUUCUCUUUUGGAUGCAAUGGAACAGAAAAAUGAUGAGAUUCAAGAACAGCUCCUUCAGCUGCUGCAGUGUAAUAGAGAAACAAGGAAACUUUUUGAACUUAGCAGAAAUUCACAACCUAGUGCAUAGGAAUGAAAUUUCACCUAAACUGUAGUAUUCGCAGAUGAAUUGAUCAGUUCUUCAUGCAGAAUAAGCAUUUAUUGUUUCAAGGGUGAGGCAUAAAUCAUGUAAAAAUUGUACAUUUGUGAUUUUUGAAUAAUUGUAAAAAGAUAUCCAAGAGUACAAGCUGAAAAAGUACCUGCACUCAGAGGAACACUUUAAUUGUAAAUAGCAGUCACAGUGAUCCGUAUACAUAGUUGUGAAGUCUCACUUCAAGCCUGUGCUUGUUAACCUUCUAUUGGCCUCCCCAACACACAGUUCUUUCUUUAUUUUCCAGUGCAGUAGACUACUACAUCAAGAACUAAAUUGCUUUCAGGUGGCUCCUUUGCUUGUCCUAUAAAACCUAUUUAGACAAA